AUGGUUACUAUAGGGCCCACUGUGGUGGUGCCGAUCCUUGCGAUCUGCGCACUCUUGCUGGUGCUGAUUCUGGCAGUGUUGAUUUACUACUGGUACCAGCUCCGCCGUCGCAAGGGGAUUAUGAAUUAUCUUAUGUACCCCGGCUUCACGCGCCAUCACAUCCUUGAGUUGUCGUGCGUGCCUUCUCCUGGCGUGCACCAGUCCCCGUUGGUGGUACAGUUGCAGUGCCUACAGCAACAUCCGUGUGAUAUUCUUUUGGAUGUGAAAUUCGUGCCGGGUCCUGGUGCCGCGGUAAACAGUGGCAUCGGCGGCGGCGCUGACAACAUUGUGCGGCUCCUUGGCACGGAUGAGUGCUACGGUGAUCACUUCAUGUUGUACACCGAGCCGCUGGAAUUUAUAGACCCUGGCAGCUACACGGUCUACGCCUACGCCGUCUAUCCCUCACUGCAGGUUGUGGGUUCCGUGCACCAGUUCAGCUUCGGGGUCGUGAGUGAGGAGCGAGCUGCCCCACGUGUGGAGCUGCAGGACUCGCAACAGAUCAGCGUCAACAUAGAGCGUAGCGGGCCUGGGAGCCCAUCGUUUGCCCCGCGGGGUGGCCACGCACGACCGCUGCCACCCCGCAUUAUCCCUGAGAGGGGGGAGGUGACGACCUUCACGCCUGUCACCAUUGCCCUCAACGAGGGCAGCACCACGCUGGAUCAGAUUCGCUAUAGUGUGGAUGGCUCACACCCAUCGCUGCUCUACACGGGCCCUUUCACCCUUUCUGUUCCGCCCUUCGAUGCGGAGGAUGGGGGCUUGCGGACGUCGGUGGUGGUGCGCGCAAUCACAGUGUCGGCACACGAUGGCUCAUUAACGAGCGGUACAACAGAGGCUUGCCUCACCGUCUACAGGGCGGGCCAUUCCUUCUUAGAUCCAAAUAUACCGGCUCCCGUGGUGCGAAUCCGCGCGGUGAAGGCAGAGCUGUACUUCGACGAGUCCAGACGCUUGCCAAACACCCAAAUUAUUUAUCAACUUGUGUACAUUGGCGAGGCCAGGCAGAAGGUUAAGUUUUCACGUAAUAAGGGGGUUGUGUACACGGGGGCACCGAUACCGUUAAGGGACGAUGUGGCCUUUGUGUACGCCUGGACAUUCAAGGAAGACAUGUACACGGAUGAGCUCCUUAACCCCCACACGGACCAACACGGUCACCAGAGAGCACGUAGCUCGGCCACCGUCUACGACUGCACGCGAGCCACUUCAUGGAAUCGAGGGUCACGAGAGGAGGCCACAGGAGACACGGGCAGCGGUAUCCCCCCACCGUUUAUAUGCGUUCAAUGCAAAGAAAUGGAGGUCUUCUUUGAGGAACCGCCCGUGGGUGGCAUUAUUUGCUACACAAUGGAUGGUACCGAACCCGUGCAGCCAGACGCCUCUACCACGGCGAUACACAUGGCAGGGAUUGGCCGGAGCGGCACGGUGCACCUUCCCAGGAGCCACAAAAAGGUUGUAGAGUUGGGCACGCAUAUCUACAAGGAGAAUCAACCCAUUCAUGUGACAUUGCUGAGGACCGAGCGGGUCGUCUUGACGGCGCGGACGUUUAUCCCAUUGACGGACCCUGCAGCCAAUUCUGUUGUGACAGGGUACCGCUUUGGCGAGCGAUUUAAUCGCAGCUUUUUUACUCAGUAG